AUUGUUUUUGUUUCUAACAUAAUUUUAUUGUGAAAUGUAUUACACGUAUUUAUUUAACUAUUCCUAAGAACCUUGAAUUACAUAAUUUUUGUUAUUUCAUCCACCCGCUCCUACCAAUACUAUUCGCCGCCAUCUUGUGAUUUGAUACUUCUCAUAUUGAUUUACCGAAAUAAUAAUUAAAAUCUUCUUUAUAAUUUGAUAAAGAGUGCCAGAUAACAUUAUUUAAUCAUGUUAUUUCUUGAGAUUGAUAAAUAAGCAUCCUACCCUCUAUUAGUUUGAUUUCAAACUGUCGAACUAGCCAACCUCCUCAGUAGCGUGUUCCUUGCUGUUGAAAUCGGUUCAUUUUAUAUUCUUUUUCUGAGAAAAUAAUUGAAUAAUAAGUUAGUCUUUACGUUAAUUGUAAUUUCACUUUUUACAUUUUAUAAUGGUGCAACUACACAAUAUUGCGAUACCUCCGCCCGUGCUGUGGGCUCAGCGAACGAAUUGUGUAUUCCUGACUAUUUGUUUGGAAGAUUGUAAAAACCCCGAUAUAAAGAUGGAAAACGACAAAGUAAUUUUUAAUGGGGUGGGUGGAACCGAAAAGAAACCUCACGAGUUAACCAUAAAUUUGUUUAAGGAAAUCGACCCAGAGAAAUCUGCCAAAUUUGUUAGAGAUAGGAACAUAGAAAUCAUCUUGAAGAAGAAAGAAGAAGGACCAUACUGGCCCCAUCUGACGAAAGAAAAGGAGAAGCAUCAUUGGUUGAAAGUGGACUUUGACAAGUGGAAAGAUGAGGAUGACAGUGAUGAUGAAUUUGGAAGCGGCCAACCAGAUGACCUUGAUGAGAUGGUGCGAUCGAUGGGUGGACUGGGCGGCGGCGCAGGCAUGGGCAAGGAGUCGUUAGACGACCUGGACGUGGAGGAGCCAGACUCGGACGACGAUCUGCCCGACCUCGAGUGAACACUCUCAGCCGACCGCGAUACUAUGGUCUUCGAAAGACAUUCUAUUAUGUGUUUCCACGAUUAGGUUCGACAUUGUGUUUUUUUAUUAUAGCUCUUCAAUUCAACAAGGACGAUAUUAUUAUUAUUCACGAUUUAGUGAUCAUCCCAAAGGUCUGUCAGAAAGGAUUUCUUCUUUCAAACGCAGAAAUUGAGCAUUCAUUCCAAAGUGAUGUGACUUUAUCCCUUUUACUAUCUGAAAUCACCUUAACGGUUCUGUCUCAACUAAUCACAUUAUUGAAGCUAUUUUAUUCGAUAGAAAUAAAUUUACUUUGAGUGUCUUGAGAGUCGUAGUGUAGCAAGCGUUUUUGAUAUUAUCCGCCAUUUGCAUUCCCUACAAAUAAAAUGAAUUGUGGCCUUUUUGGAUUGCUGGAUAAAUUCAUAUUUAAUUGUCUCCAUUGCUCUAUAUGAUAUUAAAAGCAUAGCAAUAUUAUUAAUUUUAUUUACUUGUAUGAGUAUUAGUACCGAAAAUACGAUAUUAGGCAACUUAUAAUGUAACCUUUCGCAUCACAAUCUAAGUAUAUUAUGGAGUUUUUUAAGUCACCGAAUCAAAUAUCAAAAUAUCUAACCCUUACUACUUUUGUGGUUUGUCUAUUUAUUUUUUUAGUUUUACUAGUUAAAUUUAUCCCCUGAGAUAUUACAUUUUGUACCUCAAAAUAUUCACAGUUAUUAAUGAAGUAAGUUUCAAUGAAAUUCUUUUUUAGUAGGGAGAUAAUCUGCAAGUUAUUUGCAAGGAUGGUCAGGUCUCCCUGUUCUCUGGUUACUUUUUCAAGCUCAUGACAUCUGUUAUUAUAUUUUAAUGAAUUGAGUAUAAUUGUUAAUUUAGUUCAAUUCUAUGAUUUGCAGUAAGUUUCUAAUUUGGAGCUUUUUUGUACAAUCAAUAAAAAUAUUAUAAUUCUCGAUUGGUUGGUUCUCAUUUUAUAAAUCUUGAUAUUAAAGAAUUUCUCAAAUUUAUUAAAUUAAAUAUAAUUUGUAGAUUGUUCACCGACAUUUAGAACCUGCACCA